GAGAAACUGAAACUUGGCUUGCUGGGGGUGGAGUGGUCACGGAGGAUUUAAAGAGCUGCCACUUCCUUGGGUUCCCAGAGGGUACUGGGAGGUCACAGCGGCAGAGGGACACCCUGAACCGGGUGUGAGCCUCUGUUCUCCUGCCCCACCAUGCACCUCUGUGGGGCUAAUGGGCUGCUGAUCAGGAUGGCGCUGGUGCCUCCACUGUAUGGAUCCGGUAGCUGGGCACAGAGAACUGAGUGAUCUGCCCAGAGCAACAUGGCUGAUAAGGAGACGGACCCUGAGGAACAUCAGAGGCAGCUGAAGAAGAAACAGAAUAACCGUGCAGCCGCCCAGAGAAGCCGGCAGAAGCACGUGAACAAGGCGGAUGCCCUGCACCAGCAGCAUGAGUCACUGGAGAAACACAACCACACCCUGCGGAAGGAGAUCCAGGCCCUUCAGGCUGAGCUGGCGUGGUGGAGUCGGACCCUGCACAUGCAUGAGCGCCUAUGCCCCAUGGACUGUGCCUCCUGCUUGGCUCCAGUGCCCCCUGGCCGCUGGGGCCAGGCUGAGUGGCCCCCAGGCCCCGUGCGCCCUGGACGACAUGGCUGCCAGGAACAGCCAGACCCGUUUCGGACCCCGGUCUCCUCUCCAAUGGCUCUGCAGCUCUCUCCAGAUCCACAGCCUCAUGGUUCCCUUGGCCUCCUCUUGUCCCCUCUGCCCUCACUGUCCCUUGGUCCCACCCCUGUCACUGCAUCCUCUGCCCAGCCGUCCCCUAGCCCUGUCCAAUCUGCCUCGCCCACUGGCUCCGGCCUGCUGAGGUCUUCCUCCAAGCUCAGCACCCUCCUGCCCAGCCCCCCAGCCCAAACUCCCCCUCUACAGUCCUUCGGGCUGGAGCACCCCACCAGGGGGAAGCUGGCGUCCUCAACCCACAGCCCCUCAGCUACUCUGGGGCUGGGCUCUCUGCAGGGCAGGGAGCAUAAAGCCUGCUUCCUCAGCAACAGAUCGGCAAGGGCCCCACCCCCUCUGGCCUUCCCCCUGCUCUCCUAUGCUCAAGUCCACUUCUAACCCGCCCCCCAGAGCUGGGCUGGCCCCUUCCUUGGACUCAGGAAGGAGCCUCAGCACAUGGGCAUCUCCUCUGUUGCCACUGGAAGGCUGACCAGCUGAACCAGUAUUUCACCAGGGAAAGGAAGCCGUCACUGUGUGCCCACCACUCUGCCAGGUCCUGUCACCGCUACUUUCUUAUUUCAACCUCAUGGUCAUCCUGCAGAAUCCAGAUUGUCAGUCUAUUUUUCAGGAGUGGGAAGGAGACAGGCUCAGAGAAGCCAAAUGACUUGUCUAAGGUCACACAGCCUUUCUUGGGACCUGAAACACCACGAUCUGCUCCUCCUUCUCCUAGUGGGAUCAUGGCUCAGGCACCCCAGGGGCUGAAGUCCUAGAAACUGAGAACUGGUGUGAGAGGUUUAAGUGCUGGGAGUGGGGAGGGGCUCUCCCUUCUGCUUUGUGAUUCCCAGGGCCACAGAGCCCUGCAGUCUCUGAAACCUUGCCCUCACUGCAGCUCGUCCAGAGUCCAAGCCUGGGGGGGGGAGGGGCCAGGCAGGAGCCCAGAAGUGAAUUCUUUCUGUUCUUGUCAGUGCCAAAGAACUGAACCUGUGGAUUGGAGUUGGGGACAAGCCUGAAGCAGUCCCCGCUGGGAUUUCUACAUGCUGAGUACCCAUAGCCAUACCAUGACCUUGGGGAGAUUGCAAAGGGUUAGCUCUCCAGGCUAUUCCCCAGUAACUCCCUGCCUCCCCCCUUCUCACAGAGCCAUGGUGGAUGGACUUCUGAGAGCAUUCAUGUCAUGCACAAAAGGCAGGUGGAAAGAAUGAGGGAAGGGCCAGGUGCAAAGUUAUGUUUAAGCAAGUGCUGGACUUGAACCUGGCCGCGGUGAGAACUGUCUUCUCCGGUAUCACCCCCAUCCCUGUGCAGCCCUCAGACCCUCAUUACCCUCAGGCCCCUCUGAGCAGUGCCCCUCAUUGCUCUUUGGCCUGAUGGCAGCUGGAAGAGCAGGGGCUUGGGGCUAGGUGGGAGC